UCCCCUCCCCCAUUCCCUCCGGUCCUGAUGGGGGGGGGCGCUGUGAAGCACAGCCCCCCCCCACCCCCAUGGCCACCCGUAGGAGCCAGAGGCGGAAAGGGAGAAGAGGGGAGCUGGGCACCGCCCUGCUACCCACCCUGGUCCUGGCCCUGGGCCUCUCUCUUGCCUGUUUCGGCCUCCUGCUAGUGGUUAUCAGCUUGGGGACCCAGGCAUCCCCAUUCUCCCAGGACCCAGCCCAGCAAGAGAUGGUGGAGAAGGAGGCUGAGGCAGUGAUGCAAAUGAUUUCCCAAAGCCAGAAUCUAGCUCCUACCCUGAAGAGAAGAGUACGCUUUCCCCGUGCUGUGAAGGGUCAUAAAGCUCGGACUCGAAAAGUGAAUGCAGCCCACUAUGAAGUUCGUGCAAAAGCAGGGCUGGAUGGAGCUCAGGCUGGUAUGGAUGGGACAGUGAGUGGCUGGGAGGAGGCCAAGAUCAACAGCACCAAUCCACUGAGCUAUGAUGCCAAGAAUGCAGAAUUUACAGUUACCAGGGCUGGCCUCUACUACCUGUACUGUCAGGUACACUUUGAUGAGGGGAAGGCUGUAUACCUGAAGCUGGACUUGCUUGUGGAUGGUUCCUUGGCUCUGCGCUGCCUGGAAGAGUUCUCAGCCACAGCAGCCAGCUCCCCAGGCCCACAACUCAGGCUCUGCCAGGUGUCAGGGCUACUGCUCCUACGGCCAGGAGUCUCCCUGAAGAUCCGCACUCUCCCCUUGGCACACCUCAAGGCUGCCCCCUUCCUUACCUACUUUGGACUCUUCCAAGUGCAGUGAUGCUCCUCAACCCCAAAACUGCUUUCCUAGACUCCAGGCAAAGCUCUGUCCAUCCUUCUUCUUGCUCCUCCCCCAAAUAACACUGUUCCUCCCUUUUAUCAGGCCCUACAACUUUGUCUUUCCCUCCCCCAAUUCCUCACAGCAGUGCUCCUCCUAACCCUAACUUCUUAUAACUCAGACCCUCCCAUCUCCAGGCUUUUAUGAAUUUAAUUUGCUCCUGUCUCCUUAUCAGUUACCCCCAAAGCACUCCCAAUAUUUCUUCUACCACACUUGAUCUCCUUUGGCUUUUCCCCCUCUCCAUGACCCCUUUCCCUCCAUACCUCUACUGCUCAGUUCUGGUCCUCAGUUACCCCACUAACUUUAAUUGUUCCCCCUGCCCCUCCCCCUUGCUCCUACCACUCAGUUCCAGUCCUGGGUCCCUCAAUCUUCUAUCCUACUUUGCCUUCCUUGUGGAGGCAAUGUGUUUGGAAAAUCCUAAAUGCCUGGAUGGGGCCCUGGAAGACCUACUUCUCACGCAGGGGUACUGGACCUGAAAAGCAGAGAGACUUGGGUGGGGUGCGGGGAAGCUAAGGAGACUUGUGGGGAGGUAGGGUGGGUUCCAAAAUUGAGGGGUAGAAGAUGAAGAUUAUUCUCUUCCCUGCUAAAAUCCCUGUGGAUUUUUAAAAAGAUAUUUUUAUUAUUAUUGAAAUGAAUUGUUGGUAAUGGAUAUUAAAAAGGUAAAGUGACA